AUGGCAGCUAAGAAAUAAAGACCAACUUAAGGUUAGAUGAUGUCAACUUAAGGAGAUGUGCAAUCAGAAAAAUAAAUGAAGUUAGCAGUUGAGUAUUUUUAUUCAAAGGCAUAUAUAAAAAUUAGAUAUAUAAAUUCUAUAAAACAUAUGGAUAGUGAGGUUCAACAAAAGUGUAGUUGCUUUCUAUUUAUUCUAAAUGAUUAAUUUAUAUAUAUUAAGUGA